CGCCAGAAAGAGAAACCAAUAUACGCACACGAAAUUGCAUGGUAAUGAUGAAGUCUUGCAUUGGUCGUCGACCGUCUUCGUUACCGUUUCUGUCUUCAUCAUCAUCAUGUGUUCUUCUCUGCGUGAAUGAAAUACAAAAACAAAGCAAAUAUACAAGAAUAUUAUAAAAAAGUGAAACAAAUUGAAAAGAAGUUUCAAACAAAAGCUUCCAAACAAAGAAAAAAAACAACGGGAGGUUAAUGCGGAAUAACAACAUAUUAAAUCCUGCUGCAGAAAAAUAAAAAAUGUUAGCUGAACCCAACAACAAAAGCAUCAACAACAAAAAUUUUACAAAUAUUAAUAAACACAACAAAAAUAAAGAGAAACACCAACCUUAUCAUUGUAAAAUAAGUUAUAAUAAGUUAACUAAUACAAAUUUAAAGUCAGCUGAGAUUUGUAGUAGACGUAUACUACAUAAAAAAAUUGUUACAAAUAAAAUAAAGGAUCGCAAAUUAAACCGAGCGUUGUUGUUCGAUGAAAAGACGACGACGAUGAGAUUAAAUAACUACAAAUAUAUUUAAAAGUUAAUUAAUUUUGCUUGAACAAAAUAUAAAUAAAAAGGAAAAAAAAACACAUUUUUGCCCUAAAAAAAAAUUAGUGAUAAAUAAUUUUCUUUUAUUAUUUUGUGGGUUGUACUGUUUUUCUUCGGAAAAUUUUUUAUAUUCGUAAACGAAGAAAAACACAUUAAUGAAUUCAUAAAAAAAUAUCCCUUACCCACUUUAAAUUUUUAAAUUAUUUACAUAAAAAAAAACUAUAUAAAAAAGGGAUUUUUACGUGUGUGUGCGUGUACUUAUUUAUAAUUAUACAGAAAACAAGAUAUUAGUGAAAAUCUAGGCAAAAAUAUUUAAAAAGCUUAGUUUUUAUGGGAGAACUUUAAUGUGUUCAGUCAAUACUAAAAACUAGCUCGUAAAAUAAUUAAAUAUAAGCGAAACAAUCGAAACAUGAAAAAAGACUUAAAAACAUAGAAUACAAAUUGUUUUUAAAUUUUUUUAAAUUUGAAAAUACAAAAGAAAGAAUCGAAAAACCUAAAAAAAGCAAAAAAACAAAAAAUAUACAUUUCCGAGUGAAACAGAAAAAAAAAAACAAAAUCCCACGCCUUCUCUUAAACAUAAAAGCAAUAUUUUUAAACAAGCAAUUCCAAGCAAUUAAAUUCCAAUUCCAAAAAAAAAAAAAAUAAAAAACAAAAUGGUCUCCCGUUAUGUGACGAAUUAUAGUAUCUCCAGUAUUGCUGCAACAACGGGCGGCAGUGGAGGAAAUGGUACAAAUCAAGGACAUCCAGUAGGUGCACCAGUGCCACUCAGUGUGGCAAUGGCUGCAACUGUACCUCAAUUGACUGUGAUACAACAACAACAACAACACCAACAACAUCAGCAGCACCAACACCAACAUCAUCAACAGCAGCAGCAGCAACAACACCAACAAGCACAACAGCAGCAAGCUGCUGUUGCACAUCACCAUCAACAACAACAACAACAGCAACAACAACAACAACAACAGCAGCAGCAACAACAGCAGCAGCAACAACAACAGCAACAAAUUGUCACUUCUUCUGGAACACACCAACAGCUAGUGCUCAAUGGUGGAGGAGGUGGAAAUGCAUCCGCCGGCGGGCAACAUCAAGCCCAAGUGCAGUUAUCCCAUUCUCCACAUCAGCAACAAGCUGAGUUCCACCCAAUCGUUCAGCAGCAGUGCCUAAUGCACCCUGCAGCGGCAGCAGCAGUUGCAGCGGCUGCGGCAGCAGCGGCAGCCGCUGCGGGGGCACCUGGUCAACCAGGUCCAGGGCAAAUUCCACAUUAUCGUUUUAUACACCCGCGAUCAGAUGGUUAUGUAGCAGCAUCAUCGGCGGGUUUUCAAGCACCCCCACAAGCUGGGCCAUCCCCACACCAAGGUCCACAAACAGUUUUACGCGGAAUGCAAUCAACAGCACCGCCAACACCACCACAAUCAGAUCUGAGCAAGAUGCAACCACCUCCGCAACAACAAAUGAUAAUGUCAACAAAUAAAAAGAAGUAUCCUCAACAAACACAGCAACAACAACAACAGCAACAACAGCAGGCGCAUCCAUCUCAACAGCAACAGCAUCAGCAACAUCAAUCGGCAACAACGUUGGCCGCUGCCACCCAACAGCAAUACCAUACAGCUUACGGUGCUAUGCCAAUACUAAAAACUGCCGCUGCUUCCGUAACAAAUCAAAGUGGUGGCGGAUAUACAAUUACGAAUCACAGCAACAGCUGCCAAAUAAAUUCGACCAGUGGUGCAGCGGUAGCUUUAUUCGGUAGUGUCAACGGAUCAUUAAAUGGUACUUGUACCGGUAGCGCUAAUGGCAAUGUGAAUGGUGUUGGUGCCAGUAUGGCUGGUGGUGGUUGUGGUGGAAGUGCUGCUGCUGGUCCCAUAAAGAGUUCCGUUGUUGAGAGGAAAUAUGAUAUUCAAAUCAAAAGUAAACUAAUCAAUGGCAGUACAUAUCAAAAGUCAACAGAGUUUGUUCCUGCAACAGUUAAUAACUCGACCGGAAAUGUACGCACGAAUCCACAAAGUGGCAUAUUUCGUGGUGGUGCUGCUGCUUCAUCAGCACCACGUGGAAAUGCACGACAUGUACCAGCUGCCAUUCAACAAAUGUAUCAACAGCCCAUUCACCAGCCAGUCGUAAUGCCGACAUACCAGUCGUUUGCACCAAGACAACCUGCCUACCAACAGGCACCAUCAUUCUCCUACACACAGCCACUUCAAACAAGCUACACCACCUACCCAUAUCAAUAUUUUGCACAAAAUUCUAUGAUACCGGCGGGCGCACAGACUCAUCAAAGAGGUCAUUCGGGUGUAACAAGUGCUAUACCAGUCCAAGCCGGACCCAAUGGGCCAAUGGGUGGUCCAAAUGGUACACAGGGUCAAAUUCCACUGGCAGCUGGAACUGUCUUAACGUCCACUGUGUCGGGCUCGACAACGGUUCUUGGGGUAGCAUCGGUUGGCCAACAGUCAGUUCAAUCGAUGGGUUGUAAUAAUCAGCGAAAAAAACGUAGACACGCGUUAGAAAUCAUUGAUCCUGAAACACAUAAAAACAUUUUAGACGAAUUAGAUAUCCCAAAGUCUGGACCAAACACCGAUUUAAACUAUCAAGAUCAGCUAACAAUGGAUGCCCCAGUGGCUGAUCUGACAUUAGUUGCGGCGGUAGCUGGUGUCCCUCAAGACUUGAGUGAUACAAGUAAGGGUAUACCGGGAAUUCCUUAUAAUAUAGACAUGAUGCAACGUACUAUGCCAACAUGCACAAUCAACGACGUUAUGGGACAGACACCAAUCGUUUCGGCGAGAUCAGAUGGACCUUUAUUAGAAAUUCGUCCAACUCCUCCGCCAAAACGAAAAAACAAAUCAAUUCCAAUAAUUGCACCACCUGAUCACAAGGAAAACAAUCCACAAAAUGCUAAACCAACUGAUGAUACACUCAAUAAAGCAAUAAAAACAACUGAUGUAACUGAAACUUCUUCAACUAGUGAUUAUAUGUCUGUGAUUUUGCCGGGAACGAAUUCAACUACACCACGCAACCAAAUCCAAACAAUAACACCUACCGCUACAACGGCAGCACCACCAAUCCAACAAGAAAAAUCAAUUCAAGAUAAUUUACCAACAGUAGCAGAUUUACAAUCUUCAAGUACUGAAAAAGAAUUGAUAAGUAGUGUUCAACAAUUUACCACUGAAUCUGCGAUUGCUACUGAAAUAUCGUCUCAAGUCCAGGAGAGCUGUAAUAGCUUACCAACCACAGCAUCUUCAUCACCGACAUCCACAUUAUCGACAUUGUCUUCAUCUUCAUCUCCUACAUCAACUACUUCGUUACUACAAAAAUCAUCUUCCAGCGAGAUAAAUGAUAAUAAUAUAAUAGCCACUACGACAGAAACAGCCCAAAAGGUCACUGUUAUUGAUGCUUCCAGUGAUCUAGCUAAAGUAACUCAGGCUAAUAGCGAUAAAUCAUUAACAGCAAAUCCAAAAUCCUCAGACAUCAGCAGCAUGAAACUAAGUGAAACUGAAAUGAAUGCAACAGCAGUGCAAACAUUGUCAUCUGAUGACUCACAACAAUCGGAAUUAUCAGUUUCAGCAACAACACCAGCAUCAUCGGAAGCGAUGAUGAUGACAAAUGGCAAGGAAGAUGCCACCAAACAAGAGAAAAUUUCUCAAAAAGAAAACCUUAAUAUAAAUUAUAAGACGAAUACACUAAACGAUAGUCUAGAUAAAAAUAUAAAUAAUAUUAAUACUAUCAUUAGCAGUAGUAGUAAUAGUAGUAGUUCCAAUAAUAUUAAUAAUAAUAAUAAUAUUAAUAAUAACAACAACAAUAACAACCUUAGCACAAGUAAAAAGACAUCAUCCAUUGAUGAAACGGAUCGCAGUCUAACGACGCAAAGUGCUGGUAAUUCUGUUCUGAAUUCGUUAACUGACAAAUCAACGAUAGAUAUUGUCAAUAAUAACUCCAACUCAAACUCACCAAAAGUUACAGCAGCCGCCGUUUUAGCAGAGAAAACCACAGCAGUUGAAUCGGCUGAAAACACCAACAAUAAUAGUAGUCAAGAAGCUAAUGAGAGCAAUAUCAACACAAAUAAUACUAAAUCUGUUGAAACGAAAUCAGAACCGAUUUCGGAAGAUAAAAUAACAAUAACACCAACAACAGAAGUAACAACUGUAAACGGUGGAGAAAAUGUUGAUUUAGGUGUCAGUCCCAAUAGUGCCACUGAAGAAAAAGGAGAAAUAGUAGCACCUGGCAAAGCCAAGCCAACACCUGAACAAUCUGCAGCCAUCCAAGCAGCAAUUCAAUCAUUGAUCAAUUACAACGAAGGACAAUGGUCACCACAAAACCCAACCGGCAAGAAACAAUAUGAUCGUGAUCAAUUAAUGCAAUUACGUGAGGCCAAAGCCUCAAGGCAGGUACCCAAUGUUAGUACGAUAAACGCAUCAAUUCUUCCAGACUCACAGUCACAGCCCAAUUUGAUGCCAUCAUUUGUUCGAGGAAAUAACAACAAGCGUGUCCAAUCAAUGGGUGGAAUUGGCUCAAUGGGUGAUCGAUCUGGAAUGGCAAUGAGCGGUGGUAUGGGAGGAGGAGGUGCUGGUUAUAAUAAUAAACAAGCUUCAAUGUCAGGUGUAACUCAACGCAAUAGCAAUAAAGGAAGCACCAAAGGUAGCGUCUUCCGUAUUAAUUUGUCUCUCAAUCAAGAUGUCAAACUUAACGAGACUGACAAUGCUUGGCGCCCACGACAACUUGCUCCAGAGCAAGGAGAAGGUAUGCAUGAUAGCGAGGAGCUGAAACGUCGAGUUCGGGGUAUUCUCAACAAAUUGACUCCCGAAAAAUUCGAUACAUUGGUAGAGCAGAUAAUUAAGCUUAAAAUCGACACGAACGAAAAAGUUAACGACGUUAUGGAAUUGGUCUUCGAAAAGGCAAUUGAUGAGCCCAACUUUUCAGUGUCUUAUGCAAGGCUAUGUCAAAGACUUGUAGACGAAGUUAAGGCACGUGAUACAAUGGAAAGUGGUACGCGGGCGAAUUUAAAACAAUUCCGAACAUCUUUGCUCGAUAAAACUGAAAAUGAGUUUAAUGAAAAUGUUGCUAAACGUGCCGCCAAAGAAAGGAAACUUCAACCGAUUUUGGAUAAAAUCCGUGAUUGUAAAGAUCCAGUUGAAAAGCUAGAACUUCAAGCACAAUUGGAAGAAGAAGAACGUAAGAUACGUCGUCGUUCGGGAGGUACUGUGCGGUUCAUUGGUGAAUUAUUCAAAAUUUCCAUGUUAACGGGAAAAAUUAUUAAUUCGUGCAUCGAUCUUUUACUCAAAGCCAAGUCUGAAGAUCAACUAGAGAGUCUGUGUAAACUGCUGACUACAGUUGGUGAAAAAUUCGAGAAGACCGCACAGGCAAAAGAUCCUCUUGUAUUAUAUAAUUUGGAUGUUACAAUGAAAAAAAUGCACGCUAUUGUCUCUAAAACAGACAAAGAAGGAGUCGGAGCGAAAAUUUCGAGUCGUGUUCGUUUUAUGUUACAAGAUGUUAUCGAUUUGCGGACAAGGAAAUGGGUUUCGACGCGUGGAGAUACACCAAAGACUAUGGAAGAAAUUCAAAAACAAACUAAAACUGAACAAAUGUCAACGCAGUAUAUGAACUACAGUAGUAUGAUGUCUAACAGUGGCGGUGGUGGUGGUGGUGGCGGCGGUAGUAACAGUGGAGGAAGCGGUAGCAUGAAAAAAGAUGAUAGACGCUUCGGUGGCGGUGGUAACAAUUCUUAUGGCAAUAAUCGUGAUGGUAGCCGAGGAGGUGGACGAAAUGAUGAUAGUGGUUCAAUGAGACGUAACCAAAAUCAAGGAGGUGGAAAUAGUAUGAGCGGAAAUGGAAAUAACUCCAAUAACAGCGAUGAUACGUGGCAUCAUGUUCAACCUGGAAAGGGUAACCGUUCGAUUGGUGCUGUUGACACCAAUAAACUUGAACCAAUGCUCAAUGACUUAGAUAUGGGCACUAAAAAAAUGGGUGGCCUUCAACAGUUCUUGUGGAACAGCAGUGGAGGUCAGUCUCGAACAUCAUCGAAUGCAACGAAUUCGUUCGCAGCCCUGUCUACAUUGAUUGAUUCAAAAAGUAAUAAUGACCGUAAUGAUCGCAAUGAUCGGAAUGACAGAAACGAUCGUGGUGGUCCACGAAACAAGAGUUCAUAUAAUAAGAACUCAAUGGAAAGGGAUCGAUAUGAUCGAGGUCUUCAUUCUCAUGGUGGUUCAGCGCAUGGAUCUAGGGAAAGUUCUUCGUCACGUAAUAAUCCAGGUCGUGGUAUGAUGAAUGCUUCAAAUAUGCAAAAAUCAGCUAGUCACAAUAAGAAUCAAUAUCAGUCAAUGGCCCCUAGAAUGCAAAAUAAGAUGGGCUUACCAACGUCGUCGUCUUCACAUCAACAACAAUUAUCAAACAUUAACUCGAGCACAUCAUCAGCAGCAGCGUCAUCAAAUGUAGCGUCAGCAGCAACACCUGUAGAAUAUGAAUCACCAGCUGUUGCCCCACCCGCUGUAUUCGAUGAACCCACCAAAGAAGAAGAAACUGCUAUGCGAUCAGCUAUACCAGAUAUGGUUGAGGCUGUCGCCAAUCCAAAAACACUCAAUAGUGUCAUACCAUGCUUGACAAAAUUCAAGGAAAAUCUGCGUUCAUAUUUGUUAUUUAUGAUUUUAACCGAGUAUUUGCAUUUGCGGAAUGUUGGUCAAGUGCAGAGACGUUAUGCGGCCAAUGUUGUCGCAUAUUUAUUUAAGAGAAAUUACAUAAGUAUCGAACACUUUAAAUUGGCAUAUAAACAAUUUUGUGAAUAUGCCAAUGAGCUUGUACUUGAUGUACCCGAAUUAUGGAUGUAUAUAUUUGAAUUUGCAGGCCCGUUAUUGACGAAAAAAAUUAUAACCAUAAACGAUUUAUGGGAAAAAGAAUUGGCCGAACAAAAACUAGGAGUUAGUUUCAUUAAGACUCUCCUUACAUAUUGCACUCGUGAAAUAGGACCAGACUUCACUCGUGCUAUGUGGAAAAAUUCAAAAUUAAACUGGACCGAUUUCAUGCCCGAGUCUGAUGUCGCUAAUUUCAUUAAAACAAAUAAAUUUGAAUUCUUGGAAGAUGAAUCAGCGAAACCGAAUAUUGUCGUGACAGAAGAUAAAACAAGAUUAAAUGAAAAAAUAAUUGAACGUGUAGAUCACUUAAUUAAAGAUGGAGCAUCAGUUGAAUCUGUUAUUGAUUAUAUUAAUGGCAAUGUUACUGAAAUCGAUAGAACAUUAACACGAUCACUGACAACUUCCAUUUGCAACUUAGCAAUUCCUUUCAAAGAUGGUACAUUUAAGUUAGAAUUACCAACGUUUCAAAAGACUUGCAUUCCUAUAAUGGCACGUCUAUUGGAUUCAAAAGAACAAUUAGAGCUUGAAGCUCUGUUCGCAAUGCAAUUGCUAUGUCAUCGGUUGGAACAUCCUAUGGGCCUUUUAGGUGAACUUUUUGGUGAAUUGUAUGAGGCUGAAGUUAUACAGCAAGAAUCUUAUCUAAAAUGGAGAGAUUCAAAAGAAGAGGCCUUAGCUGGCAAAGGCGUUGCUGUUAAAGGAUUGAAUUUCUUCUUCAAUCAAAUGCUUAGUGGUGAAACGAGUGACGAAGCUAAUUAACAUGAAGUUCAAUUGGGUUUAAGUGUCACGUAUCUCUUCUAAGAAUAAUAUCUAAACUAAAAUUACUUAAAGUAACAAAAAAAAAUACAAAAAAAAACAAAAAAAAAAAUCACAUACAAAAAUAAAAAAAACCAUGAAACAUUAUUCGAUAUAUUUUGAAAGCGAUAAAAACAUCAAACUAUUCAUAUCCUUUUCACACAACCAUGCAACGGUAGAUACAAAAAAAUACCAACCCCUCAUGUUUGGAAAACAAUAGAAAUGAAUAUCUUGAUAAAAACACGCGUAAACAAACAUUGAAUUAUAAAUUGCAAUUUAUUGUUUCUAUCUAAAAACAAACCAAGCAUGCAAAAACAUUUUUGUUUGUACAAAUAUAAAGAUGAAUAGACCAUGAAUUAUAUUGGGAGCUCAUCUUGUUUUAUUUUUAUUUUUAAUUUCUUUUUUGUUUAAUUUUUUUUAAUACAUUAUUACUUGUUUUGUUAUAAAUAUUUUUAAGUAGUAAGAAACAAAAAAAAAUAAAUAUUUUCAAUUUUAAUCGAAUCGAGUGAAUACAGAUGAUCAGUUUAUAAUGCUAUAGAUAGGGAAAUGUAUUAAAUAUAUUAAUUUAAAACAAUUUGUAUCACAUACGCAAAAUAAUAGAAUUUUGUGACCGGUUACAGUAAUAAAAUUGUAAAUAAAACGAAAACAAUAAAUAAUGAUCUGCUGAAAGAAAAAAAAAAUAAUGAAAAAGCAAAAAAAAAAAAAAUAUAUAUAUAAAUACUUCUACUAUUAUGA